GUCUUCCCACCAUGUCCGCUGUGACAGCAGCACGGGGACAAUGAUGCUUGUAUGGACCCAGAGCUGAGCCCGACCGAGGACACAGACCGACCGAGGACAGACAGACGGAUCCAGAGACAGACCGACACAGCCCGAUCACUGGAGGAUUGAGCCAUGAAGGACCGACUGGAGCAGCUGCGAGCGACCCAAGACACAGAUGACCCAGAAGAUGUUGACAUUUCCAUUGAUAAUGCGGCCUUUAUGGAUGACUUCUUUAUCCAGAUCGAGGAGAUUCGGCAGAACAUUGACAAGAUCUCAGAAAGCGUAAACGAGACCAAGAGACUGCACAGUGUCAUCCUAUCGGCUCCUCUUCCUGAGCAGAAAACAAAGGAUGAACUGGAAAACUUAACCCUGGAGAUCAAGAAAGCGGCAAAUAACAUCCGGUCACGUUUAAAGGCAAUGGAGCAGUCUAUAGAACAAGAUCAAGGUCAGUCUUCAGCAGACCUUCGAAUACGGAAGUCCCAGCACUCUGUCCUGUCGAGGAAGUUUGUGGACGUAAUGACAAAGUACAAUGAAGCUCAGGUGGACUUCAGAGAGCGGAGUAAAGGGCGGAUCCAGAGGCAGUUGGAGAUCACUGGCAAAAACACAACAGAUGCUGAAUUAGAGGAAAUGCUGGAAAGCGGAAACCCCAACAUCUUCACUUCUGGGAUCAUUGACUCACAGAUUUCACGUCAAGCCCUGAGUGAAAUUGAGUCUCGUCACCGGGAUAUCGUACGGCUAGAGAGCAGCCUGAAGGAGCUCCAUGACAUGUUCAUGGAUAUAGCCAUGUUGGUUGAGAACCAGGGGGAGGUGACUGAUAAUAUAGAGAUCAAUGUCAUGAAGUCAGUGGAACACGUAGAAAAAGCUCGAGAAGAGACAACCAAAGCUGUGAAAUACCAGAGCAAAGCACGUAAGAAAAUGAUCAUAAUUAUUGUGGUGGUAAUUAUCCUGCUAGCGAUCGUGGCUCUGAUUAUUGGCUUAUCUGUUGGACUAAAAAAAUGAGACCAUCAUCUGG